CAGACAUGUUUCUAUUCGUAGGGAGCAGAGAGGGAGAGAAGGAAUUCUGAUUAGUCGAGGUUACAGCUCUAUUGCGUGAAAGCAUCUUGAAAAAAUGCCCUUCCUCUUCUUGAGCAUUCAUCUUAUCUAGCAAGUUAAAAGCGUCUUGUCAUCCACUCGUCCGUGAUUUCUAUUAUUGGAGAGAACAGUCACCACAGUUAGGGCUUAUGUUUCAUGUCUAAAGUAGCUUGGUGGGGACGAAGUUCUCAAGCAAUAUUGGUUGCUUCGUGUCUCAUAUUCUUCCUUUUCCUUAAUUAUCUCGCAGGCUGAAAUCUCUCUCUCUCGUGAUGGGUUUGAGAGGCUGCGCCUGUUGAACGAGGGGUUGUUUGAAAUAUACUGGGUCUGAUGAGUCUUCAGCCGAAGCGUGGGAAGCAGGGCAAGGGCACGGAUGUCGUUGAGAAGGUUGUCGUCGCUGUAAAGGCGUCCAAGGAAAUUCCCAGGACGGCCCUUGUGUGGGCUUUGACUCACGUUGUUAAGCCUGGGGACUGUAUAACGCUGCUGGUCGUGGUUCCUGCACAAAGUUCGGGGAGAAAAUGGAGUUUUCCAAGAUUUGCAGGAGAUUGUGCCGGUGGCCACCAAAAGUCUCACUCUGGAACCAGCUCAGAGCAGAAGUCUGAUAUUACUGAUUCCUGUUCCCAAAUGAUGCUUCAACUGCAUGAUUUUUAUGAUCCAAACAAUAUAAAUGUCAAAAUAAAAGUUGUUGCUGGAUCUUCAUGUGGAGCCGUGGCUGCAGAAGCCAAGAGAGCUCAAGUUAACUGGGUGGUAUUGGACAAACAGCUGAAACAUGAGGAGAAACGCUGCAUGGAGGAGCUGCAAUGCAACAUUGUGGUUAUGAAACGUUCUCAGCCUAAAGUUCUUCGUCUUAAUUUGGUUGGAUCACCUCCGAAAGAACCUAAAGUUGUUUGUCAAUUGCCUUCCAAAUUUGAAGAAGCAUCUGAAAAACAUUCAAAAGGCGACAGUGAGCCUCGGAAUUCCAUUCGAGGGCCGGUAGUAACUCCAACUAGCAGUCCUGAGCUUGGGACACCAUUCACGGCAACCGAAGCCGGAACAUCUUCCUUAUCGAGUGAAGAUCCAGGAACUUCCCCAUUUUCCAUCACUGAAAGAAAUGGAGAUGUGAAGAAAGAGGAGUCUGUAGCCACCAAGGAAAGCUUUAACCUGGAAGGUUCUAGCUCAGACACCGAAAGUGAAAAUAUGAGCCCUUCAGCGAGUUUUUGCUUCCAGCCAUGGAUGGAAGAAAUUCUCAGUUCUGGCCGCCUAUCGUCAAAGCAUGUUGAAGGGAGCUCACAGAGGCUCAAUGGUAAAUCACAGAUAUCAACAGCUAAAGCAUUGCUAGAGAAAUUCUCCAAACUUGAUCGAGAAGCUGGAAUUGGGGUGAACUAUAGACCUGAUUUUGACUACAGUGGAAAUGUGAGAGAAGCUAUUUCACUAUCCAGAAAUGCACCUUCCGGCCCACCACCACUUUGUUCAAUAUGUCAGCAUAAAGCACCUGUGUUUGGAAAACCUCCAAGGUGGUUUAGCUUUGCUGAACUGGAACUUGCUACAGGUGGAUUUUCUCAAGCAAAUUUUUUGGCUGAAGGUGGGUUUGGGUCUGUCCACAGAGGAGUCCUGCCAGAUGGCCAGGCAAUUGCGGUUAAGCAACACAAACUAGCUAGUUCUCAAGGGGAUCUUGAGUUCUGCUCAGAAGUGGAGGUUCUAAGCUGUGCACAGCACCGGAAUGUGGUGAUGUUGAUUGGGUUCUGUGUUGAGGACAGAAGAAGGCUUCUGGUUUACGAAUACAUCUGCAAUGGAUCACUGGACACUCAUCUAUACGGAUGCAACCGUGAUCCAUUAGAAUGGUCUGCACGACAAAAAAUUGCAGUUGGAGCUGCACGAGGUUUACGUUAUCUUCAUGAAGACUGCAGGGUGGGCUGUAUAGUCCACCGUGAUAUGCGACCGAACAAUAUCCUCAUAACCCAUGAUUUUGAACCACUGGUUGGAGACUUUGGCCUGGCAAGGUGGCAGCCAAAUGGAGACAUGGGUGUGGAAACAAGAGUAAUUGGAACAUUUGGGUACUUGGCUCCAGAAUAUGCCCAAAGUGGCCAGAUUACAGAAAAGGCUGAUGUAUAUUCCUUUGGAGUGGUACUAGUGGAGCUUGUUACAGGGCGGAAAGCGGUUGACAUAACCCGGCCCAAGGGCCAGCAGUGCCUUACUGAAUGGGCACGCCCAUUACUAGAAGAAUAUGCUAUUGAUGAACUGGUGGACCCACGCUUGAGCAACCGAUAUUCAGAACAUGAGGUCUAUUGCAUGCUGCAUGCUGCAUCCUUGUGUAUCCGUCGAGAUCCGCAUUCUAGACCUCGCAUGUCUCAGGUACUUCGAAUAUUGGAGGGAGACAUGUUCAUGGACUCCAAUUACAUGUCAACACCUGGGUUUGAUGCCGGUAGCAGGAGUGGGAGGAUAUGGUCAGAGCAUCAACAGCAACAACACCAGCCUUACAGUGGUCCUCUAUUGAACGAAGCAUCUGAGGGAUUAGGAGCGAAGCUCUCCUAUGAGGCAUUGAGGGCAGCUGCCUGGGAGAGAGACAAGGUAAGGAGGAGGGCUUCAUGCGAUGAUGAUCUGUAAAACAAUACACAAGCUAUACACACCUGGGAUGAAUACUUGCAUGCCCUUUUUCUUUUUAAUAGGGUGGUAACCUCCGAUUUUGCUUGUACA